AGAAUGGUGCGCCAGUGGAUUUGUGUACAUUGAAAGUUUGUAAUGGAAGUGUCAAAUUGUAUUUGGAACACAUAAAUGAAUUAAUACUAGGAUAAUCCAGAAAAUGGGGGAUAAAGCGAAUAGCAACACUCGACAGAGGGCUUCCAUCAUGCCUCACAGGAAGCUAAGAAGUGAUUUUGAUGGGAAAAUAGCAGGAUUAUACGAUCUUGAAGAAACAAUUGGUGAAGGCCAUUUUGCAGUCGUGAAACUAGCAAGACAUGUAUUUACGGGUGAAAAAGUAGCUGUUAAAGUGAUUGAUAAGACUAAGUUAGAUGAUAUUUCAAAAGCUCAUUUAUUUCAAGAAGUUCGUUGUAUGAAAUUAGUGCAACAUCCGAACGUUGUUCGGUUAUAUGAAGUAAUUGAUACACAGACAAAAUUGUAUUUGAUUCUGGAACUUGGGGAUGGUGGUGACAUGUAUGAUUAUAUCAUGAAACAUGAAAAGGGAAUUGAAGAAAAUAAAGCUAGACUUUACUUUAGACAAAUUGUUGAAGCAAUAUCCUACUGUCAUAGACUUCAUGUUGUUCACCGUGAUCUGAAACCGGAAAAUGUUGUCUUCUUUAAGAAAUUAGAGCUGGUAAAACUGACUGAUUUUGGUUUUAGUAAUAUGUUUAAUCCUGGAAACAAAUUGGAAACUUCAUGUGGAUCUCUUGCUUAUUCAGCUCCAGAAAUUCUUCUUGGUGAUUCAUAUGAUGCUCAAGCAGUUGAUAUAUGGAGUCUAGGUGUAAUCUUGUUCAUGUUGGUGUGUGGUAAACCACCUUUCCAGGAAGUGAAUGACAGUGAGACGCUAACUAUGAUUAUGGAUUGUAAAUACCAGUUCCCACCUCAUGUCUCACAGUCUUGUAGAGAACUUGUAUCUCUGAUGCUGCGUAAAGAGCCCGGUCAUCGUGCCACCUUACAGCAGAUUGAGGAACAUGCUUGGUUGAAGACUGGGGCAGAUGAUAUACCACAUUUCCACAUGCCUCUAAUUUCUAGAGAGAAUGUCACAGAAGAGGUGCACGUUAAUGUUGUAGACAAAAUGGUCGAAGGCUGUAUUGCAACCAAGGAAGAAAUAUUACAAUCUAUUGAAAAGGACAUGUAUAACCACAUUACAGCAACUUACUAUUUGUUGGCUGAGAGACGUUUACGAAAGCACCGUCAGGAGAUGGACAACCAGGCUGCAUUGUUGCAAUUACGUAAAAAUUCUGCCCCACCAGGAAGCCAUCCAAAACCCCAUUUAGAACCAUUGGCACUAUCUCCACGGUUUUUGUGGUCCUUAAGAACAAGGGAGAUAAAAAAGACAAAGACAGCCCCGUUAAGCCAGCUCAUUAUACCGGAAAGUCCGACGGAGGUCGGUGAGUCUGAUCCUAGGAGUGACUACUUUACUACAUUGACAAACAGCCAGACGCUUGAUCGUAGAACGAGAAAUCGAACUUCAGUUAAAACAGCGCCAUCUAGCCCUUCAUUGGCUAUCCCGCACUCUGUCAGGCCUCUGUACCCAAUGACAAAAAGUGUGCCCGAGAUCCAUGAGCCAGUUAGACAGAAACAGAAGAAAUCUCGUGCAUUUUCAAGAAUAGCCAUUCUUAGUUCCUACUUUGAACAGAAGAUUGCAGCUUUAUCAGGAAAUGGAAGCUCUCAGAAAAAAUCUGGAUGGCGGCUGCCCGGGUUUUCCAAGAAGAAGAGAAGAGUGAAGCAAAGGAAUGUUGUGAACUUUACCAACAUUGACCCUUCAGCUAACAACAAAGAGUGUAUUCAAAGUAAAGAUGCCGAGUCGGCAGAUGAGAAGAAGCUUGUACCGAAGCAGAAAGGGCUUGUGAUGUCACUGUUGUCACCGCAGGGCAUCCACCCAACCCCCUCCACCUCCUUGUGUGACAGUCCUAUUGGCCGUAAAUGCAGCUUGAUCAAAGAGGAAAGUGUUGACUCUGACAGUUGUAGAAGCGAUGAUGAAGAUCUAGAGAUAGAAUCAUUUACUGAUAAAAUACGAUCCUCAAAAUCAGCAGAAAACCUUGAUUUUGACGACGACCGGAGUAAUAAUGCCUCACCAAACAAAGAACCAGAGCAACAGCAAGUGUUUAUAAAGAGGCCGCUUCUAAGUGUAGCUAGCUCACCACAGUUGUUGAACCAGAUCUGUGAAGAAAAUGAAUCUGAGGAAGAGGAUGAUUUUGUCCCACCUAAUCUGAGUAAUCGCAUGCUGACAAAGAGAAAUAGUGUAGCCUCACCGGAAGUUAUAAGGAAGUACGAAGCUCGUCGUAGACGCAAGGGAACCGGAUCAAGAGGAACCAGCUGCAGUAGUUCCGAUGCUAGUGAUACUGAUGAUACCGAAGGUAGAUCACGGAAAGAUAAAUUGAAGCACAAGUUUGUUCAUCGUAGAGACAGUAGUGAUCAUUCUAGUGAUACCGACGGCGGGCCUAGUGGGCAUGGAGGAGGAGGGUUCGGUAAAGGAUUAGGGGGAGGUGGUGAAGGUGGUGGUGGACCACGUAGAGAUGGUGAUGACAAAGGUGGAGGUGGCGGAAAGAAAGAUGGGAAAGGGGGAAGUCCAAGAAACGGACGUAACCAUCAUCAUAGCAAAGGCAAACAAAACAAUUUAAGCUUUAAACUAGGAGGUGAACCAAUUUUAGAAAACAUUAGAACAAGUGAACUUAGUGUUGGAUCGAGUGUGUCCAAUCGUAGUUUAGCAGGAAGUAGAAGUAGUUUGAAAUAUGUUAUAGAACGAGAUGAAAAUGUGUCAGAUAGUGAUGCAGAGGAUAACGCUGACAUAGAGAAUGAUGAAGGUGUUUCUGAGAUUAAAAAACUAAGAGAGACUCUUAUAGAAAAGUUGAAUCAGGAAAAUAAGACCAGGGGUAGGAAACAUGGAACUACCAUUAAUGAUUUUAGUUCUUUAAAUGGUGAUUCAAAGACUGAUAUUAAGAAGCUGAUAAUAGCAAGGUGUCCACCGAACUGUGAUAUAAACGGUGGGAAGAAGUCGAACAGUCCAUUGAAACUGAAGAUGGAUAUUAAUAGUAACAUGUGUUGUAAACAACAGAGUUGUCAACAAAAUACACAAAUUAAGGUUGAAACUAAAUGUUGUUCACUUGUCUGAUACAAAACAAAAGCUAGAAUUGAUGUAAAUACAUUUGUUAAAAACCCAAAGGGUUUCAGAUUCUGAGUAGAUUUUUUUGGUUUCGAGUAAAGAUCAACAUAUUGCAUCUUAUUUUAUAAUCACAUUUUUAUAAUGCAAAGGCUUUUCUCCUCUUUAAUAUUUAACAUAGAAGACUUUCAACAAUUUCUCAGAACCUUUGUGAUCUGCCAAUUUUAAUUUCCUUUUUUAUACAAAAAAAACUUACGGUAGAUUUUUAUCCAAUGUUUGCUAUUCUUGAUCUUAUAAAUGUAAAUGAAGCACUAUGAUUGUGACAAUACUAUUUUCAUGUUUUAGUUUUGGAUUACACAAAUGUUCAGAAAUAACUUUGUUUUAGUUAUCAGAGCCACAUUUUAAUAGUAAAAUAUUCAGUAGAGAUAUUAUGUGGCUGACCAUGGAAAUGUAAACUAUAUAAUUAUCAUUAUAAUGAUUAUUCUUCACAAUACUGUAUUAAAUGAAUGUAAAAUGUUUAUUUCUCACUGUAAUAUUAUUUUGAUUAUGAAAUUAUUAUUAUUGCUAUUUUGACACAACUGUAGGAAAACCAGGCAUAAUGACAUUUUGUAAUAAUUAUAUAUCAUUAAAAAUGCUGAUCAUAAUACAUAUUGAUAAUAAUGCAAAUUUCUAAAAUUAUUUUGUAUCAAAGCCAGCAUCAGUCAUCUAUAAAAGAAGUUAUGAUACAAAUAUGCAAUAUAUACAGGAUUUUGUCUGAUAAUGUUCCUAGUUGCUAUUGGUUACUAUAUUUAAAGUACUGGUAUGAUGCCUGAAAUUUUAUAAUUAUUGUGUGGCAAAUUGUCUAUAGUAAUGUCCCAAAAAUAUACAUUUUAUAACAGGGGUUAUAAUAUUUAUGACAGAUUUUUCCAACAGUCACAACACAUGUUAAAUCCUUAAUUAAAUGCCUGGGCAUUUUCCCCACAGUCACAACACAUGUUAUUUCCUUAAUUAAAUGCCUAGGCACACUUUUAACAUUUAUGUGAUACAUUGUCAACAAUUUGUGUUCUUAGAAAAGCUAUGGAAUGAAUACUGUUCUAGUCUUUAUAUUUUUCAUCUUUUGCUUUUUAGAAAUUGAUCGACAUGAAAUUUAGUUGAAUUUAUAAUUUCAAAAAUCAUGUCACAAAGCUUGGUUUUCCUGGAGCUAUACUGUUUUUUCAUUCAAGUAAAAAGAAUAACCCUAUAUAGCCAGCAGUCAUAUUUUAUACAUUAAGUAGCACAAAUUUAAGUGGGGGUUAGGGAAUUUGGUUAUAUAGUCAACCGAAUAUGGUUAUACACUUAACAGAUUCACUCUGAUGACCUCAGGAAAUGGACUUCUCUGUUUGUAUCCAGGAUUGUUUUAUGUUCUGUAAAUUCUAUAUAGGAAAUAAAAUUUGCUUUUCAUAUUUCUACCAGCUGUUAGUUCUGUAAUAUUAACAUUGUUUCAACCAAAAGAAUGUAAAAUCAUGUUCUUUGGCAUCAAAAUAAAUUGUAAUAUUGGGAUUUAUUUUAAAUUGUAUUUAUAAACUUCUUUAUUGGCAAUAAUGGAUAACAAAUUUAAUCAGGUAAAUUUAUUCACAUUCGUUAUUGUCAAUAAGUUAUAGAUGCCACUUUGACUCAUUUUAAGUAGUAGAAAUAUAGAAUUUUUAUUGGCAUUAUUUUAGUAGCAAAGAUACUGCUUUUGUCAGUUGCCAUUAUUUUAAGUUGCAUUAAUAUACUAGAAUAUUUUUAUUUGUGUUAUUUAAAUGCCAGCAUUUUAUACUAGGGACAAUGGUCACCCUUAGUUGUAAUGUUUCAAACAUAAUAAAUUAUCUAUACUUGAUGUGAAUGAAAGUCAUUGAUAUUUAUUGGAAAUAUUUAGGUAGAUAAAAGUAUUCACACAAUUAUUGCCAAUUAUUGUAAGUAGUGGAAAAUGAUUAUUCUCAUGGACAA